UCGGGUAGUAAAAUACAAUGAUGAACUUUGAAUGGACUUUGUAGUAAAUGCGUCCAUUAAUCAGUUUAAUCCGCGCAGUGCAUAGUUCGAUACACGACAGUACAAAUAUGGACAACAACUAAGAUUCAUGGAUCAAGAUGAAAGAAUACGUUUUCAGGGAAACGACCAUAGGAGACAAAACUUAAACAGUAGCAUAUCAUUUGACCCUGCCACCUUACAAAGGCCUCCUUCUAUUCAUUCUAUUCGUUCUCUGAAAAGUGCGCAAUCUUUCACAUUCCAACCGGACCCCGCAGGAAUAAUAACUGAUGAAGAAAGAGAUGCAGAAUAUUCUGCCCCUUCUAGUCCUGAUCAAGGCCAUUCAAACGUUCACGACGUACCGGAAACAGAACAAGUCAGGAACCUUUCUGCAUCUGAGGGGAAGAAAGUAACCGAUGAAUAUAAAGAAGCUGAUACAAUUGAAAAGAGCUCAGACGACAUAUCGGAACAUGGAGGGUGCAUAGAGUGUGUUAAGGCAAUUCCAGUAAUCUCGGGUGAGGAAAUAGAGGAGGGCGACCACAUUGUGUUUGCUGGAGCAGUAUAUGAUCAUCAUGGAAUUGUCGUUUCAAAAAGGAAAGACGGUAAUGAAAUUGAGAUAGUGGAAGCAACCAACUCCAUUUUCGGAGCAACUGCAGGCAUUUUGUUCGGGGGAAAAGCGAACGUUAAAAGUACUAUUAAGACGUUUAACUUUAUAACAGAUCAAAUAAGAAUAGUUGUGUACAGAAAACCAAGAUUUUCCAAGCAAGAAAUCGCAUGCCGUGCCAAGAAGUUUAUCAAUGAAGCUGACCCAAAUAGGAAGAAUUUUGAUUAUCAUUUACUAGGGAAUAAUUGUGAGCAUUUCACAACAUUCUGCGUCACAGGAAAGAGAUUCAGUGUUCAGGUCAGAAAAUUCAGAAUGAUUGCAUCAAUUUUCGUUCGACGUGGAUUUCGAGGAAUCAGUGAUGAAAAACUUCGAAAUGAGAAGGAAUUCGAAAACAACAUCAUAUGCAAACAAUGUUAUGAAGUCAACAAGAAGCUCCUCAGUGCAAAAGUUACACCGAUAUUGCGUCAUGAUGACGUAAAUGUAGGUGAUGUCAUCAGAUAUUCUUAUUGGAAUCUCUGGCACGAUGCUGUAGUUCUGAGGACUGUCAAGAAAGAUAGCAAGUUUGUGCUCUGUGAAAUAGCUCAUUAUUGUUUUCGUGGCCCCUUCUCUCAUAGAGAAAUUAUCAGAGAGGAAUUGAAAAUUUAUUUCAAGGGCAAUGUCAUUGUUCUUCAUUACGAACCCCCGAAUUACGAUGUUUACGACCCGGAAGUUGUAGUUCACAGGGCAGAAAAGCGAAUGCAAGAGAAAUGCUUUGCCUUUUUCUCCAAUGAUUCCAGUCACUACGCCCGCUGGUGCAAGUUAAAACUAGUACGGCAAUCUGCAAUGGUGAUGGAGACUGCGGUGUAGAAGGUAUCGGUGUUAGAAUGUGAUUUUGAGAUCGUGCAUUGUUCACAAAACACAAACAGAAUAUUUUUCCAUGCAUGAUUUUACUGCAUGAUGUGUAAAUGAUAUUCGGUAUGCUAUUUGUAAAUUACGGUGUAUAGAUGCAUAUUGACUGUGAGUUUUAUAUGAAGUUUUUUUUUUUUUUUUUUAUAAUUGACAUGUAUACAUUGUAUUUUCGGCAAAAUUAAGGGCUUAUGAAUGCGAUAUUUUUAUGUAAUUAAUAGAUUUCCAGACUUUUUACCAUGCUUGCCGAGACUGAUGUUUGUAGAUGUGUAUUAUGAUUAUUUGAUGUGUAUUAUGAUUAUUUGAUGUGUAUUAUGAUUAUUUGACUUUCUAGGCUGUCAAUCCUUUAUCUAAUGAGUUAAUCCAUUUUUUUUAUUUAAAAGAUUUAAAUUUA